AUGGAGAACUCAGCAACCCCAGAGAAACAACCGCAAGACCCACUUCCACAGCAACAAUUCUCACCAACACCUACCCACCUUUCACCAAACACCACCAUACCGGUUCCACUAUCACCACCACUGCAUUCUACACAACCUACCUCUACAUCUCCAGUACCAUCAUUCUCAACCUUUUUCCCAAACUUUGAUAACAAUCAACCAACUUCCACCCAAGCAACAUCCCUUCAAUACCCAACCACAACCCAGACUGUCAAUUUACAUCAUUCGUCUCCUUACGUUAGAAUCAUUCCCGAUGAUACUGCAUCACCGAGUCAGACUCAAGUACCUAAUGCAACAUCAAUUCCACAAGUAACCCGACCGGUUAUUUCACAGCAAAGUUAG